GAACCAAAAUACACCUGCACUCGAACGAUCAACUGCCAGGGAAAGCAAGUGGAAGUAUCUCAGAAUCUGUAGCUAAUGAGCUCUGAGUCAUUAUCAAAAUUCGGACGAUCUCGGGAUAACCAAUGUCAACCGUGGCAGUCAAGCGCUGAAAUCUGAGAAAGAUCAGCUCUCAUUCGUCAAGUGACCUCAAAACUCUUCCAGCUUUAUGUAUUUUCCGUACCGUGUAUUUUUAUUUUCGACGACAUCAGCAAGAUAUGGCUAUGGCAGAAUCAUAUCAUCUAUCCACGCUCCAACCCCAAAGCCUCAAUGGUCACACGAGCGGAAGCGGACAACAGGUCGCACAUGCCAACUCACCUGAACAACAAGUUCAAAUCACAGCUUCAGAUGGCGCCAACGACAAUGCCGAUGCUGAAGCACCCCCUAAUGCAGUAACAGAUUCACGCCCCACGAGACGGUAUCAAGCUCUUUUACUUCUUGCAGGGUUUACCAUGAUAUUCCAAAUCAUCGGUAUCAACUCCACGUACGGCAUCUUUCAGGAAUUCUAUACAUCCCCAGGGAGCAACAUCCCUUCUGCCAUAGGUCAGGAUGCGCUUGUUUCUCUCGCAGGCACGAUUGGCUAUGGACUCACCUGGUCCGGCAGCAUAUUCGUAAACCCGUGUUUAAGAAAAUAUCGAAAUGGCAGGCAUAUCACUCUCUUUGGUGUGAUCUUGAUGAGCCUCGGAUUAGUCCUAGCAAGUUUUAGUACAAAGCUCGUUCACCUUUUCCUCACACAAGCGCUCCUCUAUGGCAUUGGCGCCUCGUUCUACUAUUUUCCCUUGAUGUCUCUUACACCGCUGUAUUUCGACCAACACAGAGGCUUUGCGAUGGGUCUCGUCCUUUCUGGCUCGGGGUUCGGUGGGCUGGUUUUUGCGCCCGUAACGCAUGCACUAAUUGCGCGCGUCGGGGUGAGAUGGACAUUGCGCGUGCUUGGAAUAUGGAACGUCAUUGUUGGGAUUCCAAUAGCACUAGUAGUCAGAGAGAGGAGUGGGGGCUUGGGAGGGAUUAGAGGAGGGGGAUUAGGGCUGAUAAUGAGGGGGACAUUCUUCUGGCAGUCCCUUGGUGCGUUCCUCCAAGCUGCAGGCAAUCUUGUCCCGGCAUACUACAUGACGACAUACUGCACCUCCGUCCUCAACUACUCCUCAACUACAGCAUCACUCGUACUUGCGCUCUUUAACGCUGUAAAUAGCGUUUCUCGCGUGGGAAUGGGUGUGUUGGCAGAUAAAGUGGGAAGACAGAAUACCAUGGUUGUAAGUGCCCUCCUAUCUGCCAUAUCCGUCCUAGCCCUUUGGUACUCUGCACCUCGGGCCCAGUUUCUCGCCUUUGUAACCCUCUACGGAAUUUACGCCGGUGGUUACAAUGCCCUCUUGCCCACAACUCUAACAGAAGUCUUUGGCGUACAAAACUACGCAGCGGCAAACGCUAUGAUUUAUUUCAUCAGGGGUAUGGGAACGUUAUUGGGAGCGCCUGUCGCAGGGGUUAUGAUAGGAAGCCAUUCGAGGGUUGGUGCAACGGGAGGAACAGGGCUGAGUGUAGGGGAGCUGAAGAAGAGGUACAAUGAUGUGGUGCUGUUCGAUGGUGCACUACUUAUGGCGGCUACUGCGUGCAUAGCGUAUGUCCGCUGGCUGGACGCGAGGGAUAAGGGACGAUGGAAAUGGAAAGCCUGAUCUGGUGUACGACAUGCUUGAUGGCGGAGUAUGGGACAUGAUUUCUAUAACCGCAGGCUCGAGCAAGCACCUAUAGCUUUAUAUAUAAGAAACCCUCCAUCCAAGCAGUGCUCAAGAUGAAAAGAUAAUCAGACUGAGGACGUUCAAAUUCUUUCAAAUUCUCAGGCGCUCGUUAGCUUCGAUUCCGUGAUGUAACAGUCAUCGAUAAAAACAAUAAACCAAUCUUUGGGCUUAUCGUACAUACAAGAUAUAUUAC